UUUCGUUAAACUGAGAGUAAAACAACAAAAAAAACUUUGGGAUGUAAAUUAAAAGUAAAUGUAAAUUCUGUGGCAGGUGGUGAAAUAUUGACAAGUUUAAAAGGCAAGCCAAAGACGAGUCUUGUUUAAAAGCCAAGUCCAAUACCAACCGUACUGUGUUCAUCUUCUCUUCAUUGUCUUUUUUUCAACCGCCAAAUCCUAAAAUUUCUCCAGCAAAGGUUCUCUUCUCUCCUCCUAUGGCAGAUUUCUGAUUAAAAAAUCUCCGGUGAUCUUAAAAUGCCUUCCGUUCAAAUACGUUCGUCUCCACCGCCGGUGGCCACGGUUACUGAUCUUAAGCAACGUGUCAUUGCUUGUCUCAAUCGUCUCUCCGAUCGUGAUACUUUGGCUCUCGCGGCGGCAGAGCUUGAUUCGAUCGCUCUCAAUCUCUCGCCGGAGACUUUUCCUCUGUUUAUAAAUUGUCUUCAGAGUACAGACUCUUCCGCGAAGUCUCCGGUUAGGAAGCAUUGUGUCUCGCUUCUCUCUGUUCUCUCUCGUUCGCAUGGCGAUUCUCUCGCUCCUCACCUUUCGAAGAUGGUCUCAACCGUUCUCCGCCGCCUACGUGAUCCUGACACUUCCGUCCGUGCUGCUUGUGCGGCGGCUUCAGUUGAUAUGACUACCAGCAUCACUGGAACUCCUUUCUCAAUCCUCUUGGGGCCGAUGAUCGAAACGCUUAUCCAUGAUUGCGAUCCGAACGCGCAGAUUGGUGCUGCUGUGUGUGUAGCAGCUGCGAUUGACGCAGCGGAUGAGCUGGAUGUUGAGCAGCUACAGAAGGCGCUGCCCAAGAUUGGGAAAUUGCUAAAAUCGGAAGGUUUCAAGGCGAAACCUGAACUUCUAGGAGCCAUAGGGAGCGUAAUCGGAGCUGUUGAUGGCAGAAACAGCGAGAAGGCAGUGCUAGACUGGCUUUUACCGAACGUUUCGGAGUUUCUAAGCAGCAGUGAUUGGCGUGCAAGGAAAGCCGCCGCGGAGGCAAUGGGUAGAAUAGCUAUGGCGGAAGAAGAGUUAGCUCCUUUGUAUAAGAAGGCCUGUGUAGGUAUUCUUGAGAGCAGAAGAUUUGACAAGGUCAAACUUGUUAGAGAGACAAUGAAUCAUACAUUGAGGUUAUGGAAGCAACUUGAAGGUGAUUCAACAGGGGUCUCAGAGUCUUCUUCCUCCUCUAAAUCAGCUUCUUAUGGAAUGUCUGCGACUUCAGGAAAGAGAAGCAACGGAUUGAAAGGCAAAGAUAGAAAUUCAAACACACUAUUAAGCUCAAAGUUGAAUGGUGUUGAGCCCUUAGACCGUAGUAAUACUCCGAAGGAUGUUGAGCAGAACGCUGUGGAGUCAAAAGACAAGCGGAAUCAUUCGACAUUAGGAGCUAAACGGAAUCUGUUCCCGGCGAAGGUGUCUAAGGUCAAUGAGAAUGGGUUGAACAAGUCACAAGUUGUUCAAAGUAGUGAUGAGGAGAGUCCUAAAACUGACAGUGGUAGCAGUAGCAGUUCUUCUCAGGCAAUGAAUAAUGCAGAAGAGUUGUCUCUGAUAAGAAACCAGAUUACUCAGAUUGAAAAACAACAGUCCAGUCUGUUAGAUCUCUUUCAGGUUACCUUCUACUCUGAGCUCUCAUUGAUUUUUAUACUUUUAAAACAUCCAACAAGCUGUGUUGUGCUGACUUUUGAAUUUUUCUUGCAUUUAUCAUUGCAGAAGUUCAUGGAGAGCUCGCAGAAUGGAAUGCAAUCUCUAGAGAGACGAGUACGUGGUCUAGAAACAUCCUUCAGCGUAAUCUCCACUGAUUUGUUAGUCUCUCGCACCAUAACACGAAAUGGAAACCACAAACGAAACGCCUGUCUACAGAACUGAAGAAAAAUCCAAAAGCUCACUUUAUCUGACUCAAUACUUCAAAACUUUUAGCUUGAGAAGAAGAUUCAUUGUAAUACAUAAACUCUAAGCUAAUCUAUUUUACAUUCAUUU